CGCCACCGUAAGAGUCAGAGUCAGGCAUAUGCAAAGAACUGACUGAUAGCCAUGCAACUUAUUAAAAUUGAAUGAUUUAUAAAAUAACAGGAAUGGUAUAGAUUCAAGCGAACAUACUAGAAUAAAUACGCUAAGAUAUAGAAACAAUAAUGAAGGGAUUUGGUCAAAACUCGAUGUGCUAGUAUAGCUCAUUACCUCUUUCAUGAUAUCUACCUGCCACUGUCUGGCACGGGAAAGCUAAUUUCUGUCAUUGCUCAACACAGUGUAUAAAAAGGGAAACUCUUAGAAAUUGACGAGCUUGUUGCUCGAGGGUUUUUGGCGAAAUGGCGUCGGUUGGCGAAGUUUGAUAAUUUACUCUAACUUCGAAAAUGGGAUAAUUUAGCGUCGUCAAUCAUGCCGUUCCGCAAGGCAACGAAUUCCAAACGAUUCAAUGUUGGGGAAUACAUGCGCAACGAAAGAUUGGCAUGGGAAGGAAAUAUGAGCAAGCAAAAGAAAGCAAAAUGUGUGUCUCAGAAGCUUAAACGUCUUGAUGAUAAGGUCUUGCAUUCACACCAAAGACAAGAUGGGCUGUUAUCAGAUUAUUGUGAUGGCAAUGAAUUCAAAAGCCAUCCCUUGUUUUCCAUCGAUCCGACUGCUCUUCAAAUUAUAUUAUAUUAUGAUGAAGUAGAAAGUGUCAAUCCCCUGGGAAGCAAGACAGGGAAACAUAAACUAGGACUUGUUUACUACACAUUGGGUAACAUUUUACCACGGUCGCAGUUGAAAGAUAUACAACUAAUUUCACUUGCAAGCAGACCUGUUAUUAAGAAUUAUGGUAUUAAUUCUCUGUUAUGUUCAUUCAUGGAAGAGCUUUCUGAACUUGAAAAAGUACAACGUGGUGUGCCUAAAAACUUCAAACCUGAACUGGGACACUGAUUACACAUAUGUAUGCGCAUGUGCGGUUAACCACAAUGUGUGAGUUGAGAAGUGCCUGCAUGGUGACGUCAUUGCAAAAUUAAAGCAAUCAACUUCUUUGGCAAUCUUCGGAAUGAAUAAACAGUGGACAAUCCCAGAGGCCACAGCUCUUUGCAAAAGCCGGCGAAUUUAUCGUGAGGAAAAAUUAUAUUUGUGUGUCAAAGUGAUUGUUUUAAACAACAUGAAGUUCUUUUCUAAGCAGUAUUUAAGUUAUAUUUGGUUUCUUGAUUGCACAUUUGUGAAUUUGUAAUGCUUUGUGCAAUGAAUGCAAUAAAAUUAUUGCAGUAUUGCUGAAGCAUACAUCUGCGUUCGAAGAUCAAACAAAACUUACUCGCUCAUUUGCCUGAAAAAUGGUCGUAAAACACAUUCAUAAACUUCGAACAAGUUUGCUGUAAAUAAUAUUGAAGAAUAUACGUAUCAUGUAAACUUUA